AUGGAUGAAGAAAAACGUGUGAGGCGAGUUACUGCGAGGAAAGCACGUGAAGCACGUGAAGCUGGGAAUGGAGCGAGUAGUUCCAGCGACGAGGACCAAAAAAGCGUCUCUGACGAGCAAGUGCCUGUCAAGGCCAGAGCGCAAGCGGCGACAAGCACACUGGGAAUCCCGGAGAGCACUCUCGAGGCGAACAACCGGGGUCGACGGUUGCGAGGCACAAGAGCCAGAAAGAAUAGGUUUUCAGCUGAAGAGAAGCGCAAGAGUAAGAGUUAUGGUCUUCAGGCUGCUCUCAAACAGGCAGGCCAUAAGGCCCAAGGAAAGACCAGAAAACGGAAAGGCGAAAACACCGCAACUAGUCUUGAGAUGCUGGAGACACCAGCCCGCAAAAAGGCGAGGAAGAAGAUUCAAGGAAAUGAAGAGUUUCUCAAGGAACUUUUGGCUCCCAACGUCAUCGAAGACGCACACGCCAGUGCUGCAGCGAAAGCUAUGCCCGAAACCGGCGAGAGAAACAAAGAGAAGGCUUUCAGGCGGAUGAUCGGUAGUAUCCCUGCGGAAGGUCUUGCCGAAGCACGGUCAGAUCAUAACAAAAUCCUCGAUGCCAGCAGAAAGUUUUCAAAGACUGCUACGAAGGAUGGUACAGGUGGAUAUCGUAUCCCAGGUAUGAAGACAAGCUUAUACCACUAUCAGCUUCUAGGAGCAGCGUUUAUGCGUGAUCGAGAGAAUGCAUGCAUUCCACCCUACGGGGGCUUUCUGAGCGACUUCAUGGGGUUGGGAAAGACAAUUCAAGCAUUGGCGAAUAUUGUGGACGGGAGGCCGUCGGAUCCGGAAGACCCUGUCAGGACGACAUUGAUUGUCGUGCCAUCGCAAUUGGUAUCUCAUUGGAAGAGUCAAAUCAUCAAGCACUGCGAUGGUAUCAAACUGGGCGAGAUCGCCACUUACAGGGCUGGACACAGAAUGGAUACACUGGACAUUGCGGAAAGCCUUCAGUCAUUCAGUGUCAUUAUCACCACGUACGACGAGGUCAGGAGGUCAUAUCCGGUUUGCUCCAAAUCAUCGACACCGCUCGGCACUGAAGCAGAAGUGAGUACAAGGUGGGAUGAAAUCUACGAAGAGAAUCGCGGCCCUCUCCACAGAAUCAAGUUUCUCCGCAUCAUACUUGAUGAAGGGCACGUUAUCAAAAACCCUGCGUCAGCCGUCUCAAGGGCCGUUUGUGCUUUGAUCGGAACUUACCGAUGGAUUUUGACCGGCACGCCUAUAAUCAACUAUCUCGAUGAUCUAUUUCCUCAAUUCGAAUUUCUAGGCGUACCGGGUGUGAAGGAUCAUGAGAGAUUUAUCAGGGAUUACUGCCAAGACGACGUUGCCAAUAUGCGCUUGGUCAAUCGGAUGCGAUCGUUCAUGUUUCGCCGGACUCAUGCUAGCCGAAUUCUCUCAUUUCCUAUCGUCAAGCUGCCGGAUGUUCAUGAUGACGAGAUAAGAGUUCAAUUCUGUGAUGCUGAGCGCGAACUCUACGAUGCUAUUCAGGACCUGUUCAUGGACAACAUUAACAAACUUGCGGAACAUAAGCAUCCCGUUCUGGCUCAGUACAGAUGCUUCUUGACCAUGAUACUUAAACUCCGCAUGGAACUGCUGCUGAUCGCCAUUCGCAAGAACCCCACCGUCAUCUGCGAUGAACUCAAAGAGCAUCUUGUUCAUUCUACAAUCCUUCAAGGAGACAAAGAGAGACUGAUGAAGGGCUAUUACGAGUUUAUGGCCCAUCUCCACGACCGCGAGCAAUGGGAUGAACGCCUCGAGAGAAAUAGUUGCCCGCAAUGCAAGUCUGUUCCAGUCUACCCGAUCAUCACGUCAUGCCAUCAUCUCUACUGCGAGGAAUGCUACAGUUAUCUCUCUGUCAAUGCGGAUACAGCUGGAGGGAAACCAGCGUGCUGCACCUGUCAAGAGCCCAUCAAUGAAGCUGCCUACUGUGACGCGGUCGAGGACAUCGAGCUCACGCAGACACAAACAGCGCAAAACUUGCGACAAACGACGCAGAGGACAAAGAGGAGGCGGACAGGUGGGAAAUGGGGCUCAUUUUGUCGAGCGACCCUCGGGAAUUCGAGCGAGGAACCGGUGACCGAGCCAGAUGCGGACGAGCAAACCGACUGGAUUCAAGCAUGCGCAGGUCAAAUGCCAUCUGCGAAAUUGAUGCAGAUCCGGGAAAUGGUCGCACAAUGGCUAGCAGAUUCGCCAAACAACAAAAUCGUCAUCUUUACUCAAUUCCUCGACUUCGUUCGCAUUAUGGAUGCGAUGUGCCAGAAGGAGGGCUGGCCGGUAGUUUGGUUGACCGGCAAGAUGAAUCUUGCCUCGCGGGAAGAAAGCAUAAAGGUGUUUAGCGACAAGGAGGGCGACACAAACAUCUUACUGGCGAGUCUCAAGGCUGGUGGUAUAGGAUUGGACUUGACCGCAGCGAACAAAUGCAUUCUCGUCGACCUGUGGUGGAAUGACGCGAUGCAGGACCAGGCUUUCUGCCGGUUGUGGCGCAUCGGGCAAACGCAGGAGGUGACAUAUAUCAAACUUAUCGUCGAUGAGACAAUCGACGAGUAUCUUCUCGCGCUCCAACUUAAUAAAAAGGCAACUAUCGAGAAGAUCAUCGGAGAUGAUAUCUUGAAAGACCGCGACACGAUGGAGUCGCUAAUGCGGAUGUUCGCGGACGUCAAGGUAGAACCUAAUGGCGCCUUCAGAUUGACCCGCAAAAGUAAGAAGUCAAAAGCGGCAUCGACUUUCAAAGUUCAAGGGAAGAAGAAGCUCGAUUAUGCUCAGGAGCCAGUCGCAGAGGCUUCGGAAGAGCAGUCUGCCGUUGAAACCUGA